UCUCUCUCGCCACCUGCCCGAACAGCUGAUUCUUUAUUUACCACUUAAUUUUCGAUGGAAAACGCCAGCACGGAGAAGAUUAGAAACUGAUCAGUUAAAAAAAUACAACAUCGCGGCCACAGGAUGUUUGGAAAUCUUAAAAAGAAGCUGAGCAGUGCGAUUCAGGAGGGGCUGGUGAUAUCUGAGAAUCUGCAGCAGCAAUAUCGCCAGCGUGUCAGUUCCGGAAACUCGGGGAGCAGCCAAGCCAGCGGAAUAACGACCCCCACAUCGCCAUUGGGCCUUAACGAGAGUUUGUCUUCCAGCAGAAGCAGUAAUCUCUCCCUAAGUGCACCCUUUCAGCUAACCGAUGGAGUACCCAGCCAUCUGAAUGUGGCAGCGGGUUGCAGUUUGUUGGCCAAAUAUGAAGACGAUUGGCAGCAGAUCCAUGGAGCCAACGAGGAAAAUGCGGAGAAGGCUGCCGCGAUUGCCGAUCAAAUCUCUGGAGUACAAUGCAAAGCCACCAAUCAGCGCAGGAUCAUCAGUGAACUAAACAGUAGUCUGGCGGGGAUUCCCACACUGAUUGCCCAACUGCAAGUCAGCUCUAAGGUUCUGCAGUCCCUGGAGCAAAUGGGUCAACAAUUGGAGGUCGAGCUUGAGAAACUGGAGGAUCUGUGCGAGGAGUGCGAGCUUCAGGAGUUUUUCCUAGAGCAGCAGUUUCAAAUCUCGCGGCACAAGCAACGGAAGCUAAACGAAUUGGAACAGUAUCGUCAGCAGAUCGCCUCCAAACACCAGUCCAAAAUUCAGGACCAGGAGCAGAAGCUAUUGCAACUGCAGAGAGAACGGCAGGCGGUCUUUGAUGAUGCCUUUCGUGGCGAUAUGGAGGAGUUCAAACAGCACGGCCAGCUGCCAAAAAUUCAAACCACCAGCAAAAGUUUGGCCCUAGAGGAAGUAGUCCUGGAACCCAACGAAGUGGAGACCAAGGAUGCCCUUGAACAAUUUCUAAACGGUUAACGUUUUAGCCCUCGCAAAAAACUCCACUUUGUGCCUUAAGUGCAAUAAGCCGUGUAAUUUGUUAAAUAUGUAAUAGGAGAUUCCAGAAGUCGUGACAACAACUAGAGCAUAAAAGGGAAUUGGACAUUCUAAUAUUAAGUUACGAGCCAAAGUUGAUUUGUAAAUCUUUUUUAACAGAUUCACUACGAACUGUUAUCAAAGCUAAAUUUAAAAAAAAAACUUCUGGAGUCUCCCUAAUAUUAUCAUUUUACAGAAUUUGUUGAUGUGGCAACGCCGCGUAAUGUCUUUGACAGAAACAUUUAAAUGAACUUAGUUUUAAAUUAUAAGACAUUUAUUCAUUUUACACACCAACUUACAGAUGCCUUGAAUUUUGUAUGAACAUAUAUAAAAGCCGAAAAUAAUA